UAUGUUGAGUUAUUGUUUAUUCUGUAAACAAGUCUUGACCUACAAGGACGCAUAAAUACGUGGUUUAAUAAGUGCAAAAGUAUUUAUUUUAUUUUAUUAUAAGUUAGUAAUAUUGGCGUAGUGAAGUUGUUAUUUAUCUAAGUACUGUUUUAAAGUAAGUAUUGACCUAGGACAGCCCAAAGAUGAGUUGCCAAGUGGCGAAGCAGUUCCCUCUAGAAGAAGAAUACAAGAAGAACACCGGAAUCUCUCCAGCAGACAUCGCCAAGUUGCGUGGCUGGCUCAAGACGCAGCCGCAUCUGCCAGAGGAGCAUAUUACUGACCUGGACCUGAUCCUAGUGUACCACUGCUGCGGACGCAGCUCGGAAGUCUCCAAGCAGCUGAUAGACCUUCACUUCACUCUGAGGACGCUCUUCACCAGCUUCUUCAAGGACCGCUUCUACGAUGACAAAAUGAAGUUCGUACAUCAACAUGUCGCGUUGAUGGCCCCACUGCCAACCCACACCUCUGAAGGAUACACCGUGUUCUACGCCGGCUUUACGAGUAAGGACCCAAAGGUCUUCGUCUUGAAUGACUGUUACAGAGCAACGUUGAUGCGGCUGGACCUGUGGCAGUAUGAGGAGGGGUCGUGGCCGGGGUGGAUGCUGGUGAUUGACCUAGACGGCAUGACGCUCGGUCACCUCGCCAAGAUAGACGUGUAUUCCGUGCAGCAGUUCUUGUACUAUUUGCAGGAAGCAAUCCUGGUGAACCUCAAAGGUCUGCACUUCCUGAACGCUCCAUCAUUCAUGGACAGACUGAUGAUGCUCAUUCGACCUUUCAUGAAGAAGUCUCUUAUGGACAUGAUGGGCAUCCACCAGGUCGGGUCCACCACCUUUGAUAAGAUCUAUCCCAUUGAGCAGUUGCCAAGUGGAGUAUGUGGCGGGAAUGGCAUCAGUAAGGAGCAAUUGUUGAAUGAGAACCUGGCAAAACUGGAGGCUGGUAAAGACUACUUCGUCCAGGAGAACAAGAAGCGUGUGACGGAGUCCUUAAGGCCGGACAAGCCGAAGACCAUCACCGACAUCUUCGGAGGGAUCGACGGGUCCUUUAAGAAGCUUGACAUUGAUUGAGAAGGAAGAGGGAAAUUUACAAGUGUGACAUUGAAUUUGUUCAAUAGUUGUAAGGUGCUGAUUCGACCAAUGUGGAGUUGUGCUGAG